GAAAUCCCACAUAGAAAAUUGAGCAAUGCUCCAUGUCCAUUGGACAUUGAUGCUUUCCGUAAAAUAAUCCGUGAAGGCAAUCAACCCCUCGUGCUUCUUGAUGUCCAGACAGAGUGCCAGUUCAUGCUUGAAGGAAUCCGGUUGCUUCGAUCAGAAUAUCUCCGAACCACUGGCUACUUUUCCCCGCCUUCCAAUGCCUCCGAGGCAUGUUGGCAUGCCUAUGAAAGUUUGAGCAAUGAGUCGUUACCUGGGUUCGGGGUUCAAUCCACUUGUGGAUUUAAGGCCAGUUUGAUGACAGAGAGUUGCAUGAAUAUCACAACCCGGUCACAGUUUGAAAGCCUGAUUUCUCAAUCUGAGCUGCAGGGAAUUCAGGACUCUUGCAAUCAGUCUUUGGAGAAUAAUUCAAAUUGUGAUUCAUGUAAGCAGAGGUUGUGGCGUGUGAGUGCUUCUAACUUUGGUAGGCCUGUGGAUGGGAAUGAAUCAGAUUGCAAUAGCUAUCCAUUUAUGUAUGCUGCAGCUUUUGCUAACAGGUAUGGGCCUACAAACUUGGGCACAGUCAAGUGUUUGUUUUCACUAGAUUUCAAUGCCUUUAAUGUAAAUACUAAAAGGAUCAGGCAUACCAAGGUAAUGCGUUGGGCAGUGUUGGUAGGAUGUGUUAGUGGGUUCUUUGUGGCAGUUUUGGUGGUUUGGGUUCUUUGGAGAAGGCACAAGAAGUACAGGGGAAGGAAGAGAAACAUGGAGUCAACCGAGAUGGGUUUUGCUUCAGCCAUGGAGAUUAUUGGUGAAAAUACCAGUUUGGUUAAGUUCCCAUUUGAGGAAAUCAAAAGGGCUACCAAGAAUUUCUCAAGGGAGAACAUAAUUGGGAUGGGAGGCUAUGGGAAUGUCUAUAAGGGAAUAUUAGCUGAUGGGUCUGAAGUAGCUUUGAAAAGGUUCAAGAACUUCUCUGCUGGUGGGGCUGAAGCUUUUGCACAUGAGGUGGAGGUUAUUGCAAGCAUUAGGCAUGUGAAUCUUGUUGCUGUGAGAGGCUAUUGUACUGUGGCAGUGCCUUUGCAAGGCCACCAGAGGAUAAUUGUGUGUGAAUUGGUGCACAAUGGAAGCCUCUAUGAUCAUCUUUUUGAUUCAAGGUUGAAGAAACUCAGUUGGCCAAUUCGACAAAAGAUUGCUUGUGGAAUUGCCCGCGGAUUGGCUUAUUUGCAUUACGGUGUAGAGCCUGUCAUCAUCCACAGAGAUGUUAAAGCUAGUAACAUACUUCUAGAUCAAACAUUUGAGCCAAAACUGGCUGAUUUUGGCUUUGCAAAGUUCACACCAGAAGGAUUUACACAUUUGAGCACAAGGGUAGCUGGGACACUAGGAUAUGUUGCACCUGAAUAUGCCAUGUAUGGGCAAUUAUCAGAAAGAAGUGAUGUCUACAGUUUUGGGGUAGUGCUUCUUGAGCUUCUGGGUGGGAAAAAAGCAGUUGUAGAAGCUGAUGGCGCCGGAACUUUGCUGUUGGCAGAUUGGGCUUGGUCACAAGUGAGGGAAGGCAACCCAUUAGAUGUUGUAGAUGAAAGCAUGCCUGAGCUGGGCUUUGCAGAAGUUAUGGAAAGGCAUGUUUUAGUUGCAGCUCUUUGCUCUCAUCCAGUAGCAUAUGCAAGGCCAACAAUGGACCAAGUUGUGAAGAUGUUGGAAUCAGAUUUUCCACUUCCCUCAAUCCCAGAUUGCCCUCUUGUUGAUGAAAUGGUUAAAAUAGAUCAGCUAGCUAGCUUUAGUGGCUCAAGUUACAUUUCAAGCCCUGAGGGCCAGCAACCAUGUAGCUGUGAGAGUGACCAUCCCAUUCUAAGUGAUUAG